CGAACGGUCCUGCACAUCUACUUUGAGCACCCAUGUGCCCACAAAGUCAUAACGCCCGUGCUCUCACCCUCGCAAGAACGCCGUUUCGGACCCAGCCUACGACAGCAGAAACAGCGCCGCAUGGCAAAAAAAGCCGCGAAGAAACUACGCGAUCAAGAACCCGAAGAAACGAGCUACCUCCUGCACACGCCCUACCUCUCCUUCCACAUGCCCCCUGCCGUCCUGUACGCGGGGACGUCCAGAUACGCGCCCGCCGCGCCCCUCGCGCUCGUGCACAGCCACUGCUUCUGGCGCGCGUACACGAUCCAGCUGGGUCCCUCGCUCCGUGCGCCGGGCGUCAUCGAUCCGCGCGGAGUCGUGAGCUGGGCGCACAACGGGGUCUCGAAAGGCGAUCUGCAGCGGGAUGGGGCAGGGGACGGGCGGGCGCUGAAGGGGUACAGGGUGCGGGGGUGGCGGCUCUGGGGCGAGAACGGGCGGGCCUACGUGCACAGCGUGCGCAAUCUGCGGCGCGCGCGCGUCGCGUUCGACGACCCGGACGUGGAUGCGCACGCGGCGAAGCAGAAAGCCAGGGCAGAUGAGGUCGUCCGCCUGCGCUGGACGCAGCCGCUGAGCCGCCAGACGCGGCGCUACGCGUUUGCGUUCCGCGGCGUCGAGUUCUGGUGGAAGGGAACGGGGAGCGUGCGCGAGGCCCGGACGUGCGGGUGGCUGCUCCGAUUCUGCCAUCUCAAGCUCGUUGCGACGAUGCCGGGGCGCUCGGCCGAGGAGCGGGACGGCGCGCGGGAAGUGUGCCUGGGGACAUAUACGAGCUCGGUUGCGGCGGAGAAGAGCGGCGUGUUGGAGGUUUUCGAUGGCGCCGUGCUGCGGGUGGUGGAGGAGCGGAUGCCGAGUUUGCUGGAGGAGGAGUGCGGCGAGGAGGGGGAGGAUGAUUGUGGUGGUGCGGACGAGCGCGGGAAGAUUGCAAAGUUGAAGAGGGGCGUGUUGUAUCAGCUGAUUGUGGCCACGGUACUGUGCAUGGCGAGUGCGGAGAAGGAGAAGAGACACACGCUCAUUGACCUCAUCAUCGGUAUUGCUGAGAAUGGUGGG